CACUAAGAUUCGCUGACGAUCACGCUUAACAACGACUGUAUCGGCGAGAUAGAAUGGCUUCCGCAUUCUAUUCGAGGUAUAUUCCGCCGAAGAAAGGCACAACAACAGGUGCCUCCGGUUUGACCGCUCCCUCGCCAAACCCCGAUCCGGCUCCAAAAGCUCCUCCUCCGGACGAAGGAAAUAAACCGAAGAAAAAGCCAAAGAAAGCCAAAGAACUCGAGCUUGAUACAAAGAAGAAGAGCAAGGAUCUUAGCCACAAUGACCUCGAGGAUAACUCGGUAUUUCAAGAAAAAGUCCAAGGCGUGGAUGUCGACAGCAAGAAGACCGAAUUGCCAAAGGUGACGAAGAGUAAAGGCUCCAAGCGCAAAAGAACUGAGGAGGAACAUGAACACGAGUCGACUCAGGAGUUACAAAGGCACAAAAGGUUACUCCAGAAGUACCAGCGUUCAUCAGCACACACCGCACCGACAGAAACAAUACAACCUGCACAACCUGUGGAGGAGGAUGUUCCUCUACAACUGGAGCGAGAGCCCCAAGGAAUACAGCCAUUACCACAGCCUGAACCAGAGCCCGAACCAAAAUUUAACCCCACAUUUUCUUCAUUGCCCUCAUGGCUUGCUAAGCCUGUACACGUAUCGUCCUCGACACGACUCCCGUUCACCGACUUAAACAUCGAUCCGAAAUUGACAGAGCGGCUUGAGACAAAGGGCUUCAAACAUGCUUUUGCUGUACAAGCCGCUGUCCUACCAUUGAUUCUACCUGGACCGGAGAGAUGGAUUGGAGACCUGUGCGUUUCCGCAGCCACGGGCUCGGGAAAGACACUGUCAUAUGUCCUUCCGAUCGUCGAGUCUCUGAAGGGUCGACACGCUCCCAGUCUUCGAGCCGUUAUUGUUGUUCCCACAAGAGAACUUGUCAGUCAGGUUCGGGAGGUCUGCGAAUUAUGCGCGACCGGUACUGGCGUGCAAGUGGGAAUCGCGGUUGGGAGUCAGUCUCUAGCCACAGAACAAGAAAGUUUGAUAGAGAUUGACCGAAUCUUCGAUCCGAAAGCUGCAGAAUUACUGGAAGCGAAAGCCAACAAGAUCUAUCAGAAAGGACUGGAAGACUAUAGCCCUGAGCUGGAGACCUUCCUGGGCAUGAUUCCCGGCCAUGUUCCAUCGUACGUGUCCAAAGUCGACAUCCUGAUAUGCACUCCGGGGCGACUUGUGGACCACAUCAAGUCUACUACAGGGUUCUCACUAGACCAGGUUGAAUGGCUAGUGAUUGACGAAGCGGACCGCCUCCUGGAUGACAGUUUCCAAGAAUGGGUUGAUACGAUUAAUAACAGCCUAUACAAAGAACGGGCAUUCGACAGAUUGCCCCUCUCCGAUCAGAUGAGGGUCAUUAUUGGUGAACCUCCUAGUCAAAAAGCGAUCAGAAAGGUCAUACUGAGUGCCACGAUGACCCGAGAUCUUGAGAAGCUCAGUACACUGAAGCUGAGAAGACCAAAAUUUGUCUCCGUCGGUCUCGAGCAGGGGCAGAAUGGCGAGAUCAAUGGAUCGGGGGAUCCAGAGGCAACACUUGCCCUCCCUUCAACCCUGAACGAAUGGGUUGUACCUGUUGAGGAUCCCUCAGAGAAGCCACUGUACCUCAUUAGUCUGUUGAAAGACAGGUUAUUGGGUGCCCUCGACCGACCUAGAGUUGAUUUAGAUGCUUCCAAUGAAGCCACGGAUUUAUCGAGUGACGAAUCUAGUUCGGACUCGGACAGCGAUAGCACAUCAUCAGACUCAUCUAGUUCGGACUCUGACAGCGACAGCACAUCAUCAGACUCAUCUAACAGUUCGGACUCUGACUCUUACUCGUCGGACUCCAGCGACGACUCGGAAGCAUCUCGGAAGAAUGUGAAAGAUGCCAUCAGCAGCAGGACACACGGUCCCACUGUCUUGAUAUUCGUCAGCAGCAACGAGAACACCACCCGCCUUUUCCAUCUCAUCUCGUCGAUCGAACCAUCCUUGGCGUCAAGCAUCGGGACCCUUACAAAACAAGACGGCUCCGCCGACCGGAAACGAAUUCUUGCUGCCUUCAAAUCCAAGCGCAUCAGCGUCAUCAUCGCGUCGGAUCGUGCCUCUCGCGGUCUUGAUCUCCUCGACCUUGACCACGUAAUCAACUACGACAUUCCACGUAGCCUUGAGAGCUACGUACAUCGCGUGGGACGGACGGCGAGAGCUGGGAAGGGCGGCCAAGCGUGGACGCUUGUGACGAAUACGGAAGCGGGGUGGUUCUGGAACAACGUUGCAAGGUCCAAGGACAUAUUGCGCGGCGAGAAGAAGGUUGAUCGACAGCGUGUGAAGGAAGAGGAUCUUGCUAGAAGACGGGAGUCGUAUGCCGAUGCAUUGGUCAAGCUGGAGGAAGCGGUGACGGGAAAAGGACGGUGAUGACUCUGCAUGUAGCACAGCAUCUUGGCGAAGACGACGAUAAUGACCACUUCGAGUGAGCGCUGAUUCACGUAUGCGAGUGCAUACCAAGUUGAAGCGGUUUCCGAUCAAUCAACGACUGCUUGUCGGCAAUAAUUCCAUCUCUCUCC